CUUAUUUGGUAUUGGAGAAUAAUCCCUGGUGAAGUUUGAGAUCUGGUUGUAAGGCUGCUGCGAGUGACGGAUAUAUUUCGGAAGGGAAGGGAUGGGAUUGGGUCUAUCAGCUCUGAUAGGGCUGAAAGCUGCUGUAUUGCUGUGGUUGUUUGCAUACCUGAGAAGCUUGGAAUGGAGGGUGUUAUCAAUACCAUUCUUAUAUGCGUCUUUGGUAUCAAUGUUAGUUUCAGUUGCUUCUCACCCUUCCAUAAACCUUCCGAUGCUGUUGGGCAAGAGUUCAGACGGGAGUUUCCCCAUUUGGUCGAUCAUCAUGUUCAGCCCUUAUUUGUAUUUCGUCCGCCUUUUCUCGGCACUGCGAAGAUUACGCAGUGGUGAACCUCCCUACAGUCAUGUCUGUGAGGGUUUAUAUGUUGGUGGAUGGCCUUCUUCGCCGGAUAAGCUGCCUCCCGGUAACCCUGCCAUUAUCGACUGCACUUGUGAAUUGCCCAGAGGUUGUUGGUCAGAGCAGAGUUAUCUCUGCGUCCCAACAUGGGAUACAAGGUCUCCUCACCCCUCUCAGAUUGAAUCCGCUGUCAAGUGGGCUUCCAGAAAGAGGGAGCAAAACAGGCCCGUUUUCGUUCACUGCGCAUACGGUCAUGGAAGAAGUGUGGCUGUUAUGUGUGCAUUAUUAGUUGCUCUUGGCAUGGCAGAGGAUUGGAAAACUGCUGAGAAAUUAAUUCGGGAAAGACGUCCUUACAUUAGAAUGAAUUCUCUACACCGCAAGGCUCUAGAAGAGUGGUCAAAACAUCGGUUAUCUCCUUCUAAGAAGAGCGGAGAACUGAAUACUACUAAGUGAGAUAGCAGACGGCAAUAUUAAGUUCUUACAGGAUGUAACUCGUGCCAUUUUAUAUUUAUGGUGCCGUUAGUAUGCUGUCCUAGAAGAAGACCUCUGCACCAAGGUUAAACUGUGUUGGGGUUACAAUGAUGGCAGAUUCAUUUGCAGACUUGGGCAUCAGUGAAGCACUGUUGUAAUCAUUUGCUUUAGUAUCAUGAAGAUUGUAUCUGUUAUUGGCAUAUUUGGAUCCCACGAGGAUCUUCAUUGUUAUUUCCCUGUAAAUGAGAUUGUUAGGAAUCAUUCGAAGGUUUUUUUACGAAGAAGUCUAUUGCUAUUUUAUGAA